CGAAGAUGUACAAGUGCAGUGCCAGAUGUUGUGAUAAUAAGGGGUAUUCAAUGGAAGAAGCACAGCGUUGCAUAGAACAGUGUUCACAGCCAGUACAACAAGCACAGGUUUAUGUACAGAAUGAACUCAGGGAUUUUCAGGAUCGUCUACAGAGAGGUGCCAUGCAGUGUCAAGAUGAACUUAAAGAUAUGGUUGCUAAGGGAAUAACGGAUGAAAUAAUAAUGAGAAAUAAUAUGGAAAAAUGUCUUAAUAAAUGUGCAGACAAGCAUAUAGAUCUACUGCCCUCUAUGAUGAAACGGAUGAAACAAACACUAGCUAGUUAUGAUAAAUAAUUUUUGUAAUUUAAUUUUUUCAAUGGAAUGUCGCAAAUUAAAAGUAUGUAUUAGUUAUUAUGGUAAUGAAUAUUUUUAUAGUCAUAA